GCUCGAGCUCAGACGAGCCUAUUCAAGCUCAAGCUUGGUCGUGCAAUAAGCGGCAAAUUGAGCUCGCUCGAGCUCGAGCUCGAAUUGCUCGUAGCCCGAGGUCGAGCUCGGGUUUUGAAGCUUGACCGAGCUCGAGCCCACUAAAACACAAACCGAACCACCCGAGCCUAAUCUCAAAGUAAAACCCUACGAAAACCCCUCCCCCCCUCUUCUUCGUCGUUAUCUCUCUCUCUCUCUCUCUCUUUCUGCUUAGCUCUUCUGCCUUCUGCAACUAUUCACUCAAAGCAGAGCAAAGCAGAGAAGCUCAGAGGCAAAGCGAAGAAGACGGGAGGAAAAUGCCGCUCGGGUCGAGAGGUCCAUGGGACAAGAGCGAGUCCCGUUACUGUGGAGUGGAGACCGAAUUCAGCGACGAUGUGCCCGGCCUCCUCUCCUACAAUAUCUCUUCCGGCGGUUUCGACUUCGUCGUCGCCCCCCUGAUGAAUCCCAGCUAUAGGCCGAGCUCUGUGGGGAAAGAUGGACGAAAUUCGAGUGUCAUGCCCGUUGCUGGCUCGGACUUGGUCUUGAGUCCAUCCGAGUGGAGUAGCCGUGUCGUGGGCAAAAUCAGCUCAUGGAUUGACUUGGAUUCUGAAGAUCAGACCCUCCGAUUGGAUUCUGAAACUACACUGAAGCAAGAACUGGCAUGGGCUUCUCACUUAUCCUUGCAGGCAUGCUUACUUCCUGCACCUAAAGGAGCAUCAUGUGCAAAUUACGCCAGGUCUAUAAAUCAAGUUCUGCAGGGUUUAAACAACAUGCAGUUAUGGCUUAGGGUACCACUUGUGCAUGUUGAUGAUGAUCCCGAGGAGAAAAGCUCUUCUCACCCGAAUGAUUCUUGGGAACUUUGGAAUUCCUUUCGACUUCUCUGCGAGCAUCACAGCCAGCUCUCUGUCGCCCUAGAUAUUUCGAGCUCAUUACCUUCACCAAACUCGCUCUGCCGUUGGUUUGGAGAGCCUCUUAGAGUGGCCAUACUAAAUACUGAUUGUUUUCUUACAAAUACACGAGGCUAUCCUUGUUUGUCAAAAAGACAUCAGAAUCUUGUAACUGGGUUUUUCAACCACUCAAUUCAGAUAGUCAUUUCAGGCAAAUUGCUGCAUAAACUCCAUGGGGGGAGCUCGGGUUCAGCUGCUUUAAAUAGUAAUAAUAAUGCUGAACGUGUGCAGACGCAUCCAUUGAGGGUCUAUUUGGACUAUGUUGGCUAUCUAUAUCAAAAGAUGGAUCCACUUCCUGAACAAGAGCGAUUUGAGCUAGGUUAUCGGGAUUUCUUACAGUCUCCAUUGCAACCUCUUAUGGAUAAUCUGGAAGCCCAGACCUAUGAGACGUUUGAAAAAGAUACGGUGAAAUACUUGCAGUAUCAAAUGGCCAUCGCUAAAGCUUUGACAGACAGAGUCCCAGAUGAUAAAGUGUCAGAUGUGACAACGGUACUCAUGGUUGUAGGAGCAGGACGAGGACCCCUUGUCAGAGCUUCACUGCAGGCUGCUGAAGAAACUGGCCGCAAGUUGAAAGUUUAUGCCGUGGAGAAAAAUCCAAAUGCAGUUGUUACUCUUCAUAGUUUGAUUAAGCUAGAGGGAUGGGAGAAUACUGUAACCAUAGUUUCUAGUGACAUGCGCCACUGGGAUGCUCCUGAGAAGGCCGACAUACUGGUUAGUGAAUUGCUAGGUUCUUUUGGGGAUAAUGAGCUUUCUCCUGAAUGUCUUGAUGGAGCACAACGGUUCCUAAGACAAGAUGGGAUUUCAAUUCCCACAUCGUACACUAGUUUCAUACAACCCAUUACAGCUACGAAGCUGUACAAUGAUGUACGUUCCUUCUUUCUCGUGUUGCAUUACAGGUCCCUUGUUUUUUGUUUAUGUCCACUUUGUGCGAGUAGCUGUGCUGUGUUGCAGGUGAAGGCACAUAAAGAUCUAGUUCACUUUGAAACUGCUUAUGUUGUCAAGAUGCACAGUAUAGCAGGACUUGCUUCUUCACAUCCUGUAUUUACAUUUAUACACCCUCAGCACUCUGUGGAGAUCGAUAAUCGGCGUUAUAAGAAACUAGAAUUUGAGAUAUCAAGAGAUACUGGCUCAGUGAUGGUUCAUGGAUUUGCUGGCUAUUUCGAUGCUAAACUCUAUAAAGAUGUUCAUCUCAGCAUUGAACCAUCCACAGCAACUCCAAACAUGUUCAGCUGGUUCCCAAUAUUCUUUCCGCUGAGGAAACCUAUAUGCGUAAAACCUGGUUUGCCUCUGGAGGUUCACUUUUGGCGAUGCGUUGGUUCGACCAAGGUUUGGUAUGAAUGGUGUGUGACGUCUCCGUGCCCUUCACCCAUUCACAACCCCAACGGCCGUUCAUAUUGGGUUGGACUCUGAAACAUGCUGGCGAUUACCUAGCCAUGAAUUUUAGCCUGGGUUUAACAGCCAAAGAAAAGAUGAAGAAAAGGAACUUAUCUCGGGUUUGUAUGAUGUAGAAAGAGAAGUUAGAGGAUCUGAUACGUGUUGUAACCAGGGAGGUCUCCUUGCUGGAAUUGUGUGACGAGAAAUGGGAGAAACUCAUGAACAGCAGAUUAAUUAUCACUAGAUGGAUCUGAUUGCCUGCAACACAAGGCCGAUCGAUGUGGUUAUAUACCUUUUCUCGGGUUACAGUCAGUCAUAUGUGUAACAAUUGAGUAAAUUUCUGACGAAUAAUGACGGGAAGCAUGGCUUAUAGGUUUUUGUUCUGGUUAACUGGUUGUUCAUGGGGACUCGAAGGGAGGGGUUGUGGCAUCUGCCCAACACCCAUUCCGGUCCUGAAAAUGGAUGCCAGGCCUGGGAAAUGGAUUGGUGCAGGAACGAAUUUUCCGUUCUGGAUUGAUUCCUGAUGCAAUGGAAGAGGUACCAAAUUUCAGUUGCAGCC